AUGGUCUCGCGUCUUUUUGCUCCCUCGCGGAGAAUCGGGUUUGCCCUGGCUGCCGGAGUCUUGCUUUUCUCCGCGUUCGCAGUCGCUAAGGAGAUUCUCGAUGUCGGGGAGCUGUCAGUUGGGCAGAUCGAGGAUGAAUUGCAGAACUGCCCCCUGGUGGAAUCUCUCAACGAACACAAGCGCGCAAAUAGCCCCCAAACCGCCAGUCUGACAUCCAAGAUCUUCUCUGUCCUCUUCCCCGGCAGCCCCGCCGUCAAUGCUAUCUUAGCUACCGUUUAUAUUUCCGGCCCUCCAAACUUCCUCUUGGCACUAUGUCCUCCCAACAUCGACCCCUCCUCGCUGUCCGUCAUGGUCGCGUUUGCCGUGGGAGGCCUCCUGGGCGACACCCUCUUUCAUCUACUUCCCGAAAUCUUCCUGGGCGAGGAUGCCCAGGACCACGUACGCUUCGUCAUGGUGGAACCCAACCGCAACCUUCUCCUCGGACUCGGCAUCAUGGUCGGAUUCUUCACGUUCGUCGCAAUGGAUAAGACGCUGCGCAUCGCAACAGGCGGAGAAGGACAUGAUCACUCACACGGCCACGGACACACCCACAUUCACCCCGAGACGAGCGCCGCCGCCGUAGCCAGCGGCGCCGACAAGGGAACCACGGAGCUGAAGCAGCGCAAGAAGCCGCAGCAAGAGAGUUCUGCCUCUGCGCCCGCGUCGGCCGAGGGCAAGGAAAUCAACCCCAGCGUCAAACUCGGUGGCUACCUGAACCUGAUCGCCGACUUCACGCACAACAUCACCGACGGUCUCGCCAUGUCCUCGUCCUUCUACGCCUCUCCCACCAUCGGCGCCACUACCACCGUCGCCGUCUUCUUCCACGAAAUCCCCCACGAGGUCGGUGACUUCGCGCUGCUCAUCCAGUCCGGGUUCUCGAAACGCAAGGCCAUGGGCGCUCAAUUCGUUACGGCAGUCGGCGCGUUCCUGGGUACGUUCAUCGGGAUUGCGGUGCAGGAGCUUGGUGGUCAUGGCGAUGCUGGCGUGGCGGAAUCGGCGACCGCCGGUCUGCUCGGCACCAGUCUGACAUGGGGCGAUAUGCUUCUGCCUUUCACCGCGGGGACGUUCCUGUACGUGGGCACCGUCUCGGUGAUUCCGGAGCUGCUGGAGACCGGGAAGGACAAGAAGCGGGAGAUCAAACAGACGAUCAUUCAGUUUUUGGCGGUCGCGUUGGGCGCCGGCAUCAUGCUUGGGAUCUCAUGGGAUUAA